AGGUAAAAAGGGACGGCAACCAUGAGAGGUAGGCAGGGAGUGUGUGUGAGAGAGGGGGAGAGAUAGAGGAAAAGAUAGUAAAAGUGUGGCUUUUGGCGUGAGUCAUAAGGGCUGGCAGUUAAAACUGGUCAAAUUCAUCUCUAGGCUGUAAGAUGAGCUGACGGGUGAAAGCCAAACAUCUUGGAGGGUUUAUUAAGUGGGCCAGUUGCCAUAGCGACGCUUUGGCAGGAUAUUGCCAGGAUAAGCCGUAAUGGGUCUCCUGACGCAGUUCACUCUGCUCCUGUGGAAGAACUUCACUCUCCGGAAGAGACAGAAGGUGCGACUGGUCGUAGAAGUGGUAUGGCCUCUGUUUCUCUUCUUCAUACUGGUGUGGGUGCGCUCCACCAAUAAGCCUUUUUACAAAGGUCAAUGCCACUACCCAAAUAAAGCCAUGCCAUCGGCUGGCGUGCUGCCCUGGCUUCAAGGUAUGAUGUGUAACAUCGACAAUCCCUGUUUGAACUAUCCAACGCCGGGGGAGACGCCAGGCCAAGUCAACAACUUCAACAACUCCAUAAUUGCUGGGAUGUUGAUAGAGCUGCAAACCCUCCUGGUGAACGGAUCUAUUCUCAGCAAGGCACAGUUACUAUCAGAUGACAUCAACCAGUGGACUUCAGUCCUGUCACAGUCUAACCCUGGUAACGGUCAACCAGUGAUCCUAAGGAGUAUUCUAAGAGACAACGAAACUUUCUCCACUCAUCUGACAGAGAAUUUGUCAGUGCCAACAGAAGUGGUCCAAAGCCUCAUGAAUGCUGAGAUCAAACUCAAUUCAAUGAUGGGCAUCCCAAGGCCAGGCAACCUCAGGAGCAUCCUCUGUGAGGGGACAGAUCUGGAUCAGUAUGUCCAAUUUAGCAGCCAAACUGAAAGGGAGGCUUUUCAAAAUGUCAGCUGCUCCCUCACUCCACAGCAGCUGAUUAACACCCAACAAGUACUCCUGCAAAACCUGGAUACAAGAAAAGUGCUUUCUGAGCUACCUUCAGCGUUGGAUCUAAAUGGAGCAGACACAGCAACAUUGAUUGGGAAAACCACUCAAAAUGCAUUACCAGUGAUUGAGGAGAUGGCCAGGUUGCAGAACUCUGAAAUCUUUAAGGCAGCAAGUUCAUUGGAUUUCCAAAGGGACAUGAUUGGCAGUAUCAAUAUGCUACUGUGCGAACAGCGGCCUGACUUCAAUUCCACCAAUAUGCCCGUCAGUUUAAGCUCACCUAGACAGAUGGCUAACAACAAGGCAAUCUCCAUUAUGGGCAUUAUGGGCAACAGUUCCGAUGAUUUUUGUCAGACUCUUGUCGACACCCUGGAGAGCACACCUGGUCUGCGCUACAUUUGGAGCACCUUCAAGCCGUUAUUGCAAGGGAAAGUCCUCUACACACCUGAUACACCUGCUGCUCGCCUCAUGGUGAAAGAGGCAAAUAGCACAUUCAACGCCUUGGCUAUGCUCAGAGAGCUUGCUGAUUCGUGGGAUGAACUCGGGCCACGUGUCUGGGAUUUCCUUCAAAAUAGCCCUCAAGUCAAUUCAAUACGGGCUUUGCUGGCGAAUCCAGUGUUUGCUGCUGUCCUCAACCAGCGUCUCAGCGGCACAGCGUGGACAGCCGAGCAGCUGGCCAACUUCCUUUACAAUGGGCCCCCGGAGGAUCGUCCACCCGGCAUGCCGCCCUACGACUGGCGGAACGUUUACAACAACACUAGCCAAAUCCUGAAGCUUCUCUCCAACUUCCUUGGUUGUUUAGACCUGAAUAAGUUCGAGGCAGCCCCCACUGAAGGCCAUCUGGUGAGCAAAGCACUGGAGCUUCUGAAGAAUGAUACAUACUGGGCUGGAGUCGUCUUUGAAAACCUCCAGCCAAACUCCAGCCACCCCCCUCCUUAUGUAAAAUACAAAAUCCGCAUGGACAUCGAUGAGGCAGAGCGUACCAGCAAAGUGAAAGACAGGUCAUGGUCUCCUGGGGCCCGGGACAACUCCUUUAACGACCUGCGCUAUAUAUGGGGAGGCUUCGCCUACCUGCAGGAUAUGAUGGACCAUGGCAUUAUACGAACGCAAACGUCAAAGACCCAACCCCUUGGUGUUUUUGCCCAGCAAAUGCCAUAUCCUUGCUUUGUGGAUGACGCUUUCAUCCAGAGUAUUGGUGGCAUCCUCCCCAUGUUCCUGGUGCUGGCCUUCAUGUACACUGUGUGCAUGACCAUCAAAGGCCUGGUGCUGGAGAAGGAACUCCGGCUCAAGGAAGUGCUGCGCGCUGUUGGCAUUCAAAACGGCGCCCUUUGGUCUGCAACGUUCACUGAAAACAUUGUUCUGCUCACAGUUCCCUGUCUGCUCAUAAGUAUCAUGGUUAAGUAUGGCAAAGUACUGCAAUACAGCGACCCCUCAGUAAUCUUUGUCUUCCUGCUGGUGUUCUGCCUGGCCACCAUCACUCAGUGCUUCUUCAUUAGCGUCUUCUUCUCUAAGGCCAAUUUAGCAGCGGCGUGUGGUGGCCUCAUCUACUUUGUCCUCUACCUGCCGCACGUCCUUUGCUACGCCUGGAGGGAUGUCAUGGGUUUCCAGGCCAAGGUUGUUGUGAGUUUAUUGUCAUGUGUGGCCUUUGGCUAUGGCUGCGAGAACUUUUCCAAGUAUGAGGAGCAAGGCAUCGGUAUCCAGUGGUACAACAUUAACAAGAGUCCAGAAGAGGGAGAACGCUACACCUUCAUCGUGUCCAUCGUCAUGAUGCUCUUUGAUGCUGCUUUUUACUGGGUGCUCACCUGGUACAUUGAGAAUGUCUUUCCAGGCCAGUAUGGAAUCCCUAAGCCAUGGUACUUCCCUAUCACUGCAUCCUAUUGGUGUGGCACACCCUCAGUGACCGACGUUGACCCCGACUUGCUGAAGGAAUCCACUGUGCAUAACGAGCACCUGGAGAAACCAGCACCAAACAUGAACGCAGGGGUCUCAAUCCGCAAUCUUGUUAAAAUCUACAAGACUGGAAAGAAGCUCGCCGUGGACGGACUGAGCAUGGACUUCUACGAGAAUCAGAUCACAUCUUUUCUUGGCCACAAUGGAGCCGGAAAAACAACCACAAUGUCAAUUCUGACAGGACUGUUCCCACCUACAUCAGGAACAGCUCUCAUCAACGGAUAUGACAUCCGCACUGACAUGGACAGCAUCCGACAGUACUUGGGAAUGUGCCCACAGCACAAUGUCUUAUUCAGCGAGCUGACAGUGGAGGAACACAUCUAUUUCUACGCCAGGCUGAAAGGACUCAGCCGCGAUGAAGUGAAAAUUGAGAUGGACCAGAUGAUUAAGGAUGUUGGUUUACCACAUAAGCGGAAGGAUCUCGCUAAGAACCUGUCAGGUGGGAUGCAGAGAAAGCUGUCUGUGGCUAUAGCAUUUGUCGGCGGCUCAAAAAUCGUCAUCCUAGAUGAACCUACAGCAGGAGUGGACCCCUAUGCCCGCAGGGGUAUCUGGGAACUGCUGUUGAAGUACAAACAAGGUCGCACCAUCAUUCUGUCUACACACCACAUGGAUGAGGCCGACAUCUUAGGCGAUCGCAUUGCCAUCAUCUCCCAUGGCAAGAUGCGUUGCUGUGGCUCCUCACUCUUCCUAAAGAAAUGUUUCGGCAGCGGCUACUACCUCACUCUGGUCCGAGAUGGGACUGAAAAGAUGACGGCUCAGCGUAACGGUAUCAUACACAGUCAGGCCAAAGAGGAGAAAGACUGUCCUUCGAGGAGGAGCAGCUUGGAUGAUGGCAUCGGCAGCCAAACCUGGAGCAACAAUGAUCCCUCAGAUUUGACAGCUGUGGGUCAACUUGUGCGGCACCACAUCCCCGAGGCGGUCUUCUUGGAGAGCAUCGGUCAGGAGAUCACCUACAUACUGCCUUAUAGUGGAGCCAGAAAUGGGACCUUUGCCCUGCUCUUCAAAGAGCUCGACCUGGCCAUGGCUGACCUCGGCCUGACCAGCUACGGCAUCUCUGACACCACGCUGGAAGAGAUAUUUCUUAAAGUGGCAGAAGAUACGGGAGUGGAUGCAGAAAUACCAACAACAAAGGAGCUGUUGGUGAGAGACUGCAAAAGAAGCUCCCGCGCAUCCAAGCGGAACAGCAUCGGCAGCGUCCACAUUAAAACAGAACACGUCUCUGAAAUGAGUGAAUUGAAGGAAAGGUUCACAAGCAAAGUUGAAGACGUGCAGAAGAUCGCCAGUGUCAGUGGGAAGGGAUCCACGGUCAUCACCGGAUGGAAGCUGAUCAGGAGGCAGUUCUUGGCGCUCUUUAUCAAGCGCUUCCACUACGCCCGAAGGAGCCGUAAGGGACUCAUUGCCCAGGUGGUCUUGCCUGCUGUUUUUGUGUGCCUGUCUCUGAUCUUCUCGCUCAUCGUCCCACCGUUCACUGAAUACCCGAGUCUGGAGCUGCAACCCUGGAUGUACGGUCUGCCUCAAACCACCUUCUACAGUAAUGAUGGGCCAGAUAAUGUGGAGGUGACUCGGGUGGUGGAAACCUUGGUGAACACGCCUGGUUUUGGGACUCGCUGCAUGAAUGGAGACCCAAUACCGAAGUUGCCGUGUUCUUCUAGUGGCUCUGAUUGGAUGACUCCAUCCGUGGAUCAGUCCAUCACGGACAUCUUCCUCAAUGGAAACUGGAGCAUGUCUAACCCCUCCCCCUCCUGUCAGUGCAGCACGCCUAAACGGACAAUCAUGUUACCUGACUGUGCCCCCGGUGCAGGAGGACUUCCUCCACCUCAGAGGAUCCAGAACACAACAGACACGUUGUUCAAUUUAACUGGACGGAACAUGACGGACUUCUUGGUCAAGACUUUCGAGCGCUCGGGUAAAACAAGGUAUGGUGGCAUCUCUGUUGGAGGAGUCAACUCCCAAGUCCGACUGACAGAGGCAGCAAUCGAAGCUGCAUUCAGGGAUCUCAAAGACCUAUUCAGUUCAUUUCAGGAUAAUGUGACUGAUCAGAUCUUCCCGAAGGCUGAGACGCUGCUGAAGAAGCUGGGGACCAGGGACAACGUAAAGGUGUGGUUCUACAACAAGGCAUGGCAUGGCAUGCCGUCCUUCCUCAGUGCGGCCAACAACGCCAUCCUUAGGGGAAAUCUGCCAGCAGGACAGGACCCCCGUCAGUACGGCAUCUCUGUGUCCAAUCAUCCCCUCAACCUCACCAAGGAACAGCUCUCCUAUGCUGCAAUGGCCACGACCUCGACUGACGUGGUGGUGUCCAUCUGCGUUAUUUUUGCCAUGUCCUUCAUCCCUGCCAGCUUUGUCCUCUUCCUCAUCCAAGAGAGGGUGAACAAAGCCAAACAUCUGCAAUUUGUCAGUGGAGUAAACCCAGCUGUCUACUGGUUGGCCAAUUUUGCAUGGGACAUGUGCAACUACAUCAUCCCGUGCUUGAUUGUGAUUGUGAUCUUCCUCUGCUUCCAACAAAAAGCCUACGUUUCACCUCCUAACCUGCCGGCUCUGAUUCUCCUGCUUAGUCUGUAUGGGUGGUCCAUCACGCCCAUGAUGUACCCCGCCUCCUUCAUCUUCAGCGUGCCCAGCACAGCCUACGUGGUGCUGACCUGCAUCAACCUCUUCAUUGGUAUUAACGGCAGCGUGGCCACCUUUGUCAUGGAGCUCUUUGAUGAUGAUAAUGUCUCCCGCAUCAACGACAUAGUGAAGCAGGUGCUGCUGAUAUUCCCACAUUUCUGUCUGGGCAGAGGGCUAAUUGACAUGGCCAAGAACCAGGCAAUGGCCACCCUCUUCAGCAACUUUGGGGAAGACCGCUUCAAGGACCCACUGAGCUGGGAAAUGGUGGGAAAGAACCUUUUUGCCAUGUCAAUCCAGGGACUUGUCAUGUUUGCCAUCACACUCCUCAUCCAGUACAAGUUCUUCUGCAAACCAAGGCUUAUUUCAGCGGAGUCAUUAUCUGCAGAAGAAGAGGAUAUCGAUGUUGCUCGGGAACGUAAGCGGGUGUAUGAAGGGAGGGCCCAGAAUGACCUUCUGAGGAUCUGUGACCUUACUAAGGUAUACCCUCGGAAGAGCACUCCUGCUGUGGACAGGCUAUGUGUGGGCGUACCUGCCGCAGAGUGCUUCGGGUUGCUGGGAAUCAACGGGGCUGGGAAAACCACCACGUUCAAGAUGCUGACAGGAGACAUCCCAGUCUCCAGUGGAGAGGCCUUCCUAAAUGGAUACAGCAUACGAACAGAAAUGAGAGACGUGCACCAGAACUUGGGCUAUUGUCCCCAGUUUGACGCUAUCGAUGACCUGCUGACCGGAAAAGAGCAUCUGGAGUUUUACGCCAGGUUACGAGGGGUACCAGAAAAAGAAGUCUCCAUGGUGGCCGAGUGGGGGAUCCAGAAGUUGGGGCUGGUGAAAUAUUCCAACAAGUCAGCAGGAACCUACAGCGGCGGGAACAAACGCAAACUUUCUACAGCCAUAGCCCUGAUCGGUUGUCCUUCUGUGAUUUUCCUGGAUGAGCCAACCACUGGGAUGGACCCCAAAGCGCGACGCUUCCUGUGGGACUGCAUCCUGAGUAUCAUCAAAGAGGGACGCUCAGUCAUUCUCACAUCACACAGUAUGGAGGAGUGUGAAGCACUGUGCACACGCAUGGCCAUCAUGGUAAACGGUCGCUUCAAGUGUUUUGGGAGCAUCCAGCAUCUGAAGAGCAGAUUCGGUGAUGGCUACACAGUGAUUGUGAGGGUUGGCGGCUCGCCUCCUGCACUGAAGCCAGUUGAGGACUUUGUCCAGCAUACCUUCCCAGGCAGCAUCCUGAAGGAGAAGCAUCACAACACACUGCAGUAUCAGCUCCCAUACACGCAGGGAGCUUUGGCCAACAUCUUCAGCCAGUUCACCAGCCAUCAGCAGAGGCUGGGUGUGGAGGACUACUCUGUGUCCCAGACCACUCUGGAUCAGGUUUUUGUGAGUUUCGCAAGGCACCAGCAUGUGGAGAAUGACAGUCAGGCUUAUGAAAACCUGGUGGACACUUCAGAUGAGAUCCCGUUGGAGUCUGUGAAGACCUCCCAAGAAGCGGAGAAGGUGUAACACCCAUGAGAAAAUCAUAACACAUUGCACUUACAGUGGGCCAGCAAUAAACCUUAAACAAGUAUGAUUGGGUGGGAUUUGCACCGACAGAGUGACGGGUUCAUAUUGUGCCUAAGGCUUUCUAAACUUGUCAAACUUUUUGCACUUCCUAUUUCAGUCCCCAGGCACACCAGUGGUGCUAGUGUUGGUCAACAAUGACAUUUCAUUUUUUGUUUUGUUUAUUUCUAUCCAAGCAUAAUUCUCCAACAUAGCUGUAAUUAACUGCAAUAACAUAAUACCCAAGCUUAUAAAGAUUUUUCUGUCUAUAAAUCCUGCAAAUCCUACAUAGUUAGUGUCUUGAUGAAAGAAAGAAUAAGGAAGGUCACUGCACUACAAUCAAGAAAAAUCAAACUGCAUUUCAGAAAAUACUUGAAACGAAUCAAUUUCCCUUUGAAAAAUGACUGAAAUAUUCUUACUGCACAGGCAGAUUUUUUUACUUUCUCUAUGUAAAAUAAACUUUAAGAACUAAAUUACUGACAAAAAUCACUUGAUAAGAUGGAGAUCUUUCUAGUGUAGAAUGUGGUUUUAAUACUGUAUUUCAAAAAGUUUUCAAAAACUGAGCCGCCAGUUGGAUUUUGUUUGGAGUAUAUUGCUGACCUUAGUAUACCUCAGGAGUGUGAAAAGACCAACUGAUUCUCCAAAAGCAUCAAAAAUUGUACAACCUUUAGGAUACCUCAGGAUUGAACUUCAAAUUGAAUGAUAUUUUAGAAUUGUUUACACUUGCUGUUGGUUAUAAUGAUAUGUUGCACUGUAAAAUCAUGCAAAAGAGAAGAGCUACCAGAUGUAGUCAGUGAGCCUUGCUGCAAAAAAGUUUGAUUACUGAUAUUAAAGAAUAUCAACAGGCGACAAAUGUAAGAAUAUUCUGAGAACACAAAUCCCAAAAGACAUUAAACCACAGUUAGUUCCAUUGCUUUCGCUGACAGGCACUUUAAUAAUAAGUAAUUAAUAAAUACAACAUUGUCAGAUGUGUUGACUGUGAAUAUCUGAAUGAGCCUCCAAUGAGCUGUAGAUGGUGUUUAAUGAAAGACACUGAGGUUGCAGCAAUGGGACAAUUCAGAGUCAACCAGCUGUCAAACAUGUUGGGUGUGCAAGAAAGACAGCACAUCCCAUGUGUGUACUAACCACAGCUUACAGACGACUGCAACUGCAUUCAAUUCAGCAAUCAAUGAAUGUAAGUGGACACAUAUCAGGAAGAUCUCUCAAGAAUUAUGAAUGAGCAGGAAUAGAUUUAUAUUUUAUGAGAUUUUUAAUGCAUUGCCUUGUGAAAUCUAUUUUAUUCAUGACUUUUUCUUUGUGGAAUCUAAACAUGACAUUUAUCACUGAGAUUUGUUUUUUAUGUCAUAGGGCAUGCUGGUAUUAGCAAUGGUGUGUUAAUCUAUUACCACCAGAGACUAGUAUCACAGAAUCUAGCACUCCGUCUCAUGCACAGAGCUGUGCAGUUAAAGUGAAUACAUUUUGUCACAAUGUGCCUUUUAAACAUCCAGGGAUAGCUUUGAAACACUUUGAUCCUUGAAUUUACAAUGUUAAGAUGUGGAAACUAUGUUAUAUUAUGCAAGUAUAUAGACCAUUUCAUUGGAAUUGACCAUUUGCUAAGCCCCGUCCAAUUUAGUUACUGUUGCUAUGCCUGUCGGGUUUACCAUUUGCAUAUUUGCAGUUUACAAUGAUAAAAUUGAUGAAUAUAGCACUCAAAAUCUAUUGUAACUUUUAAAACAUUGGGUCCUUGAUUGAAAUCACCCCAUGCUCAGACGGUUAGCUUGCAUGCAUGUUCAGAUUUUUAGGCAUUAUGUUUUCACUUUUAACUUUCAAGGGAAAGGUUUUUAGGAUUAGAACUAACUCAUUUGUUUGGCAAACUUAAUGCCAUCUUGGGUAACAUUGGCUGGAGUUGCUGGAGUGUAAACCUCCUCAAAUCCAAUUAAGAGCGGGACACAGCUGCUAACAUUAGCCUAUAAACUCUGGUAGCACAGACAAUGGGGACUUACUAGCUUACACAGUGAAUGUGCCAGUCAUGAAAUGGGCUUCUUUGGAGUAAUUUGUAACAAACUAUGUAGGUAGUUAAUGAUAUGCUUACUAUGGCCUUGAAGUAAACCCUAGGUUACUACUGUAAGUAUAGCUAGUUAGCUUGACAUGCUAACAGUUGCGUUUAAGCAGAUAAACUUUAUUAUUCAUUCCUUACACACAAAAAAAAAAAAAAACAUCAACCUCCAAACUGUUUAUAUGCCAAAUAUUGCUCUUUCUACUGCCCCAUGCUUCCAGAGCUUAACAGUUACCUACAGUAGAUAUAGUUGCUAAGCUAUGAUUGUUUAGCAAAUGGUAAAUUAUGUUACUGGUUAACUGCCAUUUAUAUCAAUUGUUGAUAAUAGAAAAAGAGCAGCAAAUGAUGUAAAAUGGCUGUCAUUUAUGUUUGAAUUACACUGAACAUCGUUCAAGAUUCAAGAGGUUUAUUGUCAUAGCUGUAAUAUGUUGCAAAUGUACUGUAUGUCUUAGACAAAAUGUCACUCAGGAAUGUUUUAUGUGCAAUUUUCACCCAGGAAUAUGUAGAUAUAAAUGGAAAGAGUUAUUAAUAGCUACAUUCUUAUUAUUUUCAACAUUCUGUACUGUACUGUAAAACAUUGAGCCAUUGUAAGUGUCCUAACAAUUAAAAAUCCCAAUGCUCAUUACUCAUGCAGCUUACAUUACUUGGCACUUACUUCAGAAUGUAAAUACUUUUUCAAUUCGCCCCUCACAGGCACUCUGGUUUACUUUGAGAGCUUGACAUAAUUUGUAUGCUGUGCUAAGUCCUCACAUUACUAUCAUGCCCGUUGCAAAGAAUAAUGAAUGCUAUUUGUACUGAAUAUUGCCUCAUGCCAAGACAAACGAUUAAACAUUUGCACAAAUUGUAA